AUGUCUGUGGACGGUGGCGAGCCAGAGAGCCGCCAAUCUGUGGAAGGCUCUCUACCCAACAGUAAUCCAGAUGUCCGAGCAGAUGAUGAGAGUGCUCCAGCUGCAGUCCUUGAGACACCUCAGCCCUCUACUAACCAAGAAGUCGAUGAAACGACGCCCAUGGAGAUUGAUUCUGAAGCGCCCAGUCCAACCACAGCGGAAUCUAUUAUUAGCGGCAUUGUUGACAGCGACGUGAAUGACGUGGAGCAUCCACCAGUCCCAUUACCUGAUCAAAUAUCGAGUGCUGCCCAGCCUCGGGAGGAGGUCGAAGAAGUCGAAGUCGAGGCAACAGGAGAAGUACAUGUCUUUUCUAUGCCGUAUAAGAGCCCUCUGCAUAUUUUCCGUGCCUAUCGCUUCCAUCCCGAGUUUGAACAGACCGUGCCUAACGGCGUCAAAUCCUUGACGUACAGCAGCAGGGUCGAUGUGCAAAAGCCGCUCUGUCCGUAUGAACUGAACAAUCAACAGUGCCCUGAAAACUGCGAGUUCCAGCACUUUAGCAACAUCAAGAUUCUUGGUAAGUUCUCCCCAAGUUCUGACGGGCUGCUAACAUCAGAGCUCUCAUUUCUUUCCAUCCUCCCCCCUCCCGGCGCUGACUUACUGGUCUUCUUUUUACCCCAGAUGACCAAAUCCUUCUGGAACUUGGCAAAUCAGACUUCACCGGCGAACAAAGAGCUCGGUUCAAUCAAGGGCUCCGUGAGCUUCUUCAGGUAUACAAGGCCCAAAAGGUUAGAGACUUCGACGUUAUCGCUCGAGGCAUCAUCAAGUUCCGCUCCGAGUUCCUUGGAGAUAAGAGCAAGGUGCUCAACUUGGAAGGAGUAA